AUGAGCGGGGCAGAGGAGGAGAGAUCCGGCGCCGCCGCCACGGAAGCGGGAGGGGAGGAGGAGAGACGGGAGAGGAGCGUCGGCCUCAUGGCCGGCCUCGUGGACAAGGCCAAGGGCUUCGUGGUGGAGAAGGUGACGCAGAUCCCCAAGCCCGAGGCGGCGCUGGAUCGCGUCUCCUUCCGGAGCAUCAGCCGCGAGGGCGUCGAGCUGCACAGCCACGUCGACAUCAGCAACCCCUACUCGCACCGCAUCCCCAUAUGCGAGAUCACCUACACCUUCAAGAGCGCCGGCAAGGUGAUAGCGUCGGGCACGAUGGCCGACCCCGGGUGGAUCGCGGCGAGCGGCAGCACCAAGCUGGAGCUGCCGGUGAAGGUGCCGUACGACUUCAUCGUGACGCUGAUGAAGGAUCUGGGAGGGGACUGGGACAUCGACUACCUGCUGGAGGUGGGGCUCACCAUCGACCUCCCCGUCAUCGGCGCCUUCACUAUCCCGCUCACCACCGAGGGCGAGAUCAAGCUCCCCACCUUCCGGGACUUAUUGUUCUAA